GCCAGUUUCGCUACUCUCCGCCGCUUCUCCCGCCGUCGCCACCCGUUGUCGAGCCCGCCGCUCGUCCCCCACCCGCCGCUCGGCGGGGCGAUGGUUUCUCCGGGAAGCACCGAGGCUGCUGCCGCUUCCUCACUGCUCCGUCUCUCUCCUAGCGGGUCCCCGCAGCGAUCGUUGGGUGUCAAAAAAUCAACAUGUCGAGCAAAAAAGCAAAGACAAAGACCACCAAGAAGCGCCCUCAGCGUGCCACUUCCAAUGUAUUUGCAAUGUUUGAUCAGUCACAGAUUCAAGAAUUCAAGGAGGCCUUCAACAUGAUCGACCAGAACAGGGAUGGCUUCAUUGAUAAAGAGGACUUGCAUGACAUGCUUGCCUCCCUUGGAAAGAAUCCAACGGAUGAAUACCUAGAUGCCAUGAUGAACGAGGCUCCAGGACCCAUAAACUUCACAAUGUUCCUCACAAUGUUUGGUGAGAAGUUAAAUGGCACAGACCCAGAAGACGUCAUCAGGAAUGCUUUUGCUUGCUUUGAUGAGGAAGCAACAGGGUUCAUCCAAGAAGACUACCUGCGGGAGCUGCUGACCACAAUGGGAGACAGGUUCACAGAUGAGGAGGUAGAUGAGCUGUACAGAGAGGCACCCAUCGACAAAAAGGGGAAUUUCAACUACAUUGAAUUCACGCGCAUCCUGAAGCAUGGAGCAAAAGACAAGGAUGAUUGAGCAAAUAUCUAGAUACCUGCAGAGAGCUUUUUUUAAAUUAUUUUUCCCCCAUUAAUUCAUUAAUUUUAUUUCUCAGGAUCUGUUUUCUUUUUUUUUCUUAUUGGGACCUUUUACAUACAUUUUUAGCAUUCCAGCUUUUUCUCUGUGGAAUCUAGGGCUGCUCAGGCACACCUGUGCCUUUGUAAGAAAAGUGGAAAUGGGCAGGAGAGAGGACAGCUUACAGUGAUAGAGGUUGAGGGACAAAGAUCAGUGAGUGUGGAGGCCCAGGAAAAAAUGUCAGUUCUACUCACCCUAGCUAGAUUUAUUUUACGUUUUAAUGGUAACUUUUCAAAUAAAACACCACUAUAUAAAGUAUACCAUUAAAACUUCCAUGCUACUAGUGGACUGUUUAUUUAAUCAUAUCUGUAAAUAUUGUUGCAACUGUGUGCAGUCAUGUUACCAAUUUUUGCCUUAAAAAUGAAGUAUAAGUCACUUUCGCAUACUGAUUGAUGUUUGUACUUCAGCGACCGAGUACUUCACUUACUGCUGUGAGCACAUACAAUGAAGAAAUUUCCAUCCUUCAGAAUUGAGUAUAUUGUAAAUUAAUUAUUUCUGUCUAGGGCUUGCACAUUAAACAUUUUAAAUGUUA